UUUUGCGCGAAUUAAAUGUCCUGGAAUUUUAAAAUUUCUCUUGGAAAACUCCUUGAAUUUCAUAUUGACUUUGGUGCAGAAACCCUGAACUGUAAGAUGUUGCAUCUAUCUUUAGAUCUAGGCCCUGGAUUAGAUUCUACAUCUCCUGCUAUUAAUAUUAACAGUGAUAGUAAGGUACAGGUAAAAGGUGAAUUGUGGAUUGAAGAAAAAGAAACAUCAUCUUUUAUGGAAAUGCAAAAAUAUAUUACAGAUAAAAUCUCAGAUAUUUUACAACGUUGUGCAUCUGUAACAAGUAAUGAAUUCAAAGAAUUGCAUGGACAGUCUUCAAUCUCAGAACAAGUUGAAGUUGAUAGAGAUGCUAAAUCUUUGAAAACAGCUGAGGAAAUUUCAACACUGGUUUCUAAAGAAUUGCUGAGAAUGACAGAGAAAGUCAAUGAAAUGAAUUCUAAUUUCACUUUGCAAAGUAAAAAAAUAAGAAAACUACAUCAAAAACUGAAAGAUCUACAAAAAAUGCAUACAAGACUUGAGGAUACUUUAGACAUGCAUUUAAAUAGUUGUGCGAAAGAAACUAAGUCAAAAUUCAAUGGAACACAAGAAAAGUUAAAUGAACAUUUUUUUGAAUUUCAAGAAGAAUUCAUGACAGAACUUGAGGCUGCAAGUAGAUUUAUGUCCAAUCUACAAGAUCAAUGUCAUAAUGUUUCUAAAGAAUUAAAGAAAAAACAAGAAAUAGACAAAGAACAGGAGAUGAAUGUCAGUAAUCAGAUACAACAUUUGUUUGAAAAACAAGACGAUCUAAGUAACAAGUAUGAAAACUUCCUUAAAAAACACGAAUAUCUUGAAUUUCGUUGUCAACAAACUGGAAGAACCAAUGAGCCAAAUAAUGAAGAUUGUUCUCAUAAUAUAAAAGUUAUUCAGGAGUUUUUAGUUGGCCAAGUCAUUUUUGGAAAUAUUAUGAGUUCUGAGGCCCUAAACGAACAAAAAUUAUCGACUGUGGCUACAUGCCUAUCUAGUGAAGUGUCUGCUGACCCCAAUGAGUCUGAAGGAAAUAAUGACAAGUCUAAUGGAAAUUUGAAUUGCAAUCAUCCUAGUAAAUAUAGUAGCCAGGAAGAAAAAGGCAGUUUAAAUUUAGGAGAAAACAGUUGGGGAGAAACAAUUCCUGACACCCCUGAGUCUGAUAAUUUGAAUGUAGCUCUUGGUGAAAGCAAAAAUACUUUCAGCUGUGAGCAUAGUAAGGAAGACCUCAUUCAAUCUCUUAAUGAUAAUGAUAAUAGCAACAUUCAGGAUGUUGAUGACAUUGACAAUAGCUAUUCUGCAGUAAAAAAUAUUGCAGAAGGUCUACAAAUUAAUACAUUUCAAUCUGACUCAUCUGUGUUCCCACUAGAUCAGAACUGUGAAGAUGUUGAUAUGGAAGAUGUUGAAAAAAAGGAACUUUUGAGUGGAGAGUCCGAUGAACCUUUAUCGUCUAAGACUAAUCAGAGAUGUGAACAAUCUGUAAAUAAAAAAGAUAGUCUUAAAAACCAACAACAUAAAAUUAUUAGUCAAACCAUUGAUGAUGUGACUUCGUCUGAAGAUAUACAGGAUACAAACUUACUUUCUAAGCUGAACCAACCUGAUGUUCCAAAAGAGGUUGAAGAUGUUGAGAUGUUAGAUAUAAGUGUUGAAAAUGUGGGAAUAUACAAUACAUGUAACAACUUUGAAAGCACGACUACACAAUCAUCAGAAGAUCUAAAUAAAGACAUUAUUGAGAAUUCUGAAAGCAGCAAUAAACAAGACCAUACAUUGCAAAAUCAGAAUAUAAAUAAAACUUCAGAGAUCAAAAUAGAUAACGAUAACUUUAUAGAAAGCCAGCCUGAUCAACCGUCUAUUCAGUCUUUAGAAGAAAAAGAUUUCCCAGAUUCUACAGCGCUAACUGAAGGGGUAACUAAAGACAACACAAAGACUGAAAGUGAAGAUUCUAGAGAAGAUCAAAGUAACUUACCCAAUUCACAGCACCCAGAAAGUAGACAGCCUCUGGAUUUCACACCAAAUUCUGAUUGCUCGGAGAACGAUCAAAUAAAAGCCGAAGUAAGCCAAACAUCUCAACAGUUUUCACUGCCUUCAGAAGAAAAAGUUUCACCAGACUCCAGUCAAGGCUCUAAGCUCUUUGAGUUAGAAGCAGAGAAAUCUGAUAGCAAAGAUUCUAGAGAAGAUCAAACUGAUCUGCAGUUUUCGCAAUCCUCCCAAAGAGAUACUCCAGAUUCCACAGAGAAAGAGACAGGGGAAAAGGCUGAAGGAGCGAUAAACGAUUCACAGACAUUGGAAGAAAGUAUUUGCCCAGAUUCUACACAGGAUCUUGAAAACACAGACAAAAAGGAGUCUGAAGAAAUGGGUGCCUGUGCAAGCAAAAAUCAGGACAAUGCAUCUGAUGAUGGACCUAGAAAAAAAUCUGCAUCAAAGAGGAAAGAAAACAGGAAUAAGAAAUACCGUUAUGGUGACAAAGAUACUGAAAGAUAUAGAGCAGGGUAUCCUGGACUAAAGGGUAAUAUAAACUGGAAAGACAAUUACAAGUUUUACAUGGGAAAGAUUGAGUCUCAACCAAAUGGUGACUAUAUUGAUAAGAUUCACAAAUACUGGGAAAAAGAUUACAAUCGUUUGGAACAACAUCAUGGAUAUAUACAGUGGAUUUUCCCCAUUCGUGAAGAAAGUAUGAACAGUCUAGCACAGCCAUUACAGUUACAUGAAGCAGAGGCCAUCCAGAAAAACCCUGUAGCUAAGGCUCGUGUUUUGAAAUCCUACAAGAUGAUGCUUGGCUUCUAUGGCAUGAAACUAGUAGAUGAGGAAAGAGGAACAAUUCAAAGAGCUAAAAACUAUCGGGAGUGCUUUGAAAAUUUGACUUAUCACACUCACAACUAUCUACGUAUCACUCGCAUUCUGAAGUCACUUGGAGAACUGGGAUACGAGCACCUUAAGAAACCAUUCCUUGAGUUUGUCCUUCAUGAAGCUUUGGUGGAAAAAACUUUGGCCCCUACUUUGAGCAGCUGUGAGAAUUACUGGAUUGGAACAAUUAAAAAUAAUGCUGACAGGGAAGAACUCUAUACUCUUAUUGAUGAAAGCAGGCAGGCAAAAAAAGGUCGAGGUGCAGAUUCUAUUUAAAGACCAUCACCAUACAGUUAACUACUUAUAUAUAUUUUAUAUAAUAACUUCUAAUAGCACAUAUGCUAAUUAUUGAAUAUCUUGUAAAAUUUAAAAUCACCUUUCAUUUAUAUAUAUAUAAUAUUGACUUGUUUUGUUCAGAUGCU